AGUAUCUUUCCAUCCUCUAAUUUUGAACUGCUGAGUGGCCAUCUUGGUAUAGGUGCAAUACCAAAGGUGCCACCGAAGAACCCUUUCAGUGGCUAUUUCAAAUAUUACUGUGACACAUGUAAUCGGCCGAUGAACACAGAAAAAGACUACCAAGCUCACCUAGAGAGUAGAGCUCAUAGGCAGAGGGCAGCAGAGGUGACUGCUCCCCAGCUCAACCUGGGACAGAUAAAGCGGGUACUCGGUAUAGACGAUGCGGAGGCAGAGGCCUAUCAAUUGACUAAGACCAUACCUCGAAGCUACCAGGUGGAUCUGUUUUGCAAAACUAUGGACAGUGACAGGGUCAUCUUCUUGCCAACAGGUACUGGGAAGACGCUGGUGUCGGUGAUGACGCUAAGUUGUAUGCUGAAUCAGAACCCUCUGCGCCCAGUCUUGUUCCUGGUGGACAAGGUGUUGUUGGUGCUGCAGCAGUCAAAGUACAUCUUCAAUGAGCUUGGGGAUCGGAUGUACAAGCGCCUGACAGUUGAUGGAGAGGUGCAGGAACGCCAGCUGAAGAUAGCCACGCUGUGUGGGAACAUACUGCCUACAGACAACACACCUCUCUACAAGCAUGACAUCAUCGUCAGCACAGCAGCCUAUGCUGACAAUCUACUGCAGAAGCAGCAGCUCCGCUGGGAACACUUUUCGCUGGUUGUGUUUGAUGAAGCUCAUCACUGUGUCAAGAAUCACCCCUUCAAUCGUCUCCUAGAGGGGUAUCACCGUCCAUGCCCGCCUGAACUCAGACCCAAAGUGCUCGGUCUGACUGCCUCUCCUGCGGGGCGGGAUAGUGUUGAGAACACAGUCAGCAUGCUGCAGGAGUUAUUCCACAAUCUAGGCGGAGCCAGCAUUGCCAUCGUCCAAGGAGAUUGUGUGAGAGAACUCAAACGCUAUCAAUCCCAUGCCAAACUGAAGAUCAACUAUGAGCCAUUUUCUGAUGAAGAAAAAGCUUUCCGGAAGACACUUUUGAUGUACAUUUGCCAGUGUUACUUGAAGCUGUCAGAGUUGUGCAAUAUUGAUGAUGUCUGUCAGUGGGGAGUGCAGAGGAUGCAGAGAGACUUGGCUGAGUAUGUAGAGCACCUGGACAAUGUUGCUACUGGAAAGUUUGUCCAAGCUCUUGGGAACUGCCAAGCAAAUUCAGAGGAGCCACAAGUCAAAAUGAAUAUGGAGUUUGUUGUCAAUCAUUCCUCGGUAGUUUUGAUUGCAUUGUCUGAUUUGGAUGGUUCUGGGAUACCAACAGCUGUAGCUGACCUGCAGACUCUCAACCAGAAUCAGGCACGAAGUGGCUUCCAUCAUGCUCAGGGGAUCGGUAUUGAGUGUAAAGAGCUGCAAGAUGCUAUGAAAAGAGCUGCUCACUCAGCUCAUGUUCAGCAGGAGUUUGAUGACAACCCACUUCACAUCUCACUUUACACACAGUUACUCAGUACUCUCACCAAUGAUGAAUAUAUCAACUGGAAAACUGGGAGAAAUGCAAUGGCCUUGAUUCUUGUCCGGGAGAGAGCACAUGCACACAGACUGAGCAACUUCCUGAAGCAGACAACAUUUGCAUCAGCAAACAGUCUGAAGAUCACAUCAGUGGUUGGCCAUGGGUCUGGUCCAACUGAUGGUGGGAUGAAGGUGAAACAUCAGAAACGUGUGCUUGAUGGAGUGAAGAGCAAAAAGUAUCACAUCAUUGUAGCCACAUCUGUAGCAGAGGAAGGCGUGGAUAUCCCUGAAUGUGAGCUGGUCAUCUGCAUGAACCCACCAAAUACAGUCACCACCCUGGUACAGAUGAGGGGUCGGGCCAGGAAGAAAGACAGCCACUUUGUUAUCCUGUGUAAGAGCAGUGAUGAGGAAAACAGGAUCCAGAAUAUUCUUCGGCGGGAACGGUUCAUGAUGGAAGCUGCUCAGCGUUGUGUGGAGUUGUGAUGCAGGAUUAAAUUUUGAGCUGAUGUGCUAUUUAACAUAACAUUCAUGGAAUGGGUUGACACUAAUGUUUAUAUCCACAUACUAGUAGCUCAUGGCUCAUCUUGCACAUAUGAGUAACAUUAAGUAACUGGCUUAUAUUCUUGGAAUAAUGGACGAGUAUCUGUCCCCCUGGGAUAGAUAUACUGAUCCUUCUAACAGAGGCAUUUUGUUAGAGUCAGGUCUCUGGGGUCUCUGCUUAAGUCAGAAACAGAUGUUUUCAUUGCAAUUGGUAUUUACAUGACUGGUGUUUGUCAUGAGAGCAUUUAAAGUGACUUAUUUGUUGAUGGCAUUAUUCGUUUUUGCACUUGGCACGGAAAGGUCAAGGUCACAAAAUAAAGGUUUAAUGUAUGUGAAUAUGCUUUAUCAAAACUGAGUGUAUAUUGCUUCUCUUGGAUUGGUCCCUGCAUCUAAAAUGUUCUGGUACACAGAAGGCUUUGGUCAAAGUAAGUAUUAAAUGUCCGAACAUGAAACUUUGUAUAAAUUUGCUUAGAUCUUAACAAAUUCUUCAACGUCAAGGGCUGAUAGGCAUGAGUGUCAAAGGUGAUUUUUGCAGUUGAUUUAGCCAGUAAUUUAACCAUUCAUUAGUCUUUACUGUUGCACCUUUACUUAUGCAGUUCUACAGACUUAUGCUUGCAUCAUAUCAGUCUGUGAUGAUUGCAGGGAUGAUCUGGAAGUAAUGGUUCAGGACUGGAAGUGAAGGGAGUAGAACAGGAGGUAUAGUACAAUGUGUGGGAAUAAGAGGCUGCAUCUGUCUGGGGCAUUCAUGUUGAUGGUGUGUAGUCCUGUGCAUAGAGCUCAGGUCACAAAUCAGUUGAAGUUAAGUAUCGUUGAGUGUGGAGAGUCCUUGAAUGGAUGACCGUUUUGGGCAGCUUGACUCGUGACUCCAGUCCUGCCCCUCAACGAAGCACAUGUGAUACAUGUGGUCUCACCUUAGGCACGUGAGUUUGUCCAAACUUGCCUCUGUUCACCCAGCAGAAAAUGGGUACCCGGUGAGAUAAGUCAUGUGAACAGUAACCUCACUGGCAGCUUAAUGGUUAAUAAUAAUCAGUUAGUGAUUACAGUGUCCAGUUAGCAACUAGUCAGAUAGAUACUAGGUGCCAUAUAAAUGAAUUAUUAUUUGUAUUAUUUUGUUGAACACUUAUAUAUAACCCAUAUUUAUCGUACAUUUGUUUUUGUAUCAGUGUGUUGGAUAUGCCAAGUGUUGUCAUCACAGGACCGCUAACUAGAUUAGCAUGACAACUGAGUGCUUCAUACAAUCUGUCAGCAGCUUGUCUGGUGAAGAUUUACAUCAGAUGCAAGGUCAUGGCUGUGAUGUGUGAUUUUGUCAUGUAUAUUAUUCUGAAGAAUAAUGACAAUUAUUCUUCAUCAACUCAACUUCUAAAAUGCCCAUCAAAGAAGUAUAUGAUUCUGUUUGAAUAACUACUGCAGUGGGUUUUAUGUUCCCAACCAAAUGUUACUUUUCUUGUUUGUUAUCUCUGUAUAUUAUGUUAUUGUGUUAUGAAUAUAUAUUUGUUUGCUUUUGGUCUGGAAAAAAUGUAUGAAAUCUACAAUCAGCAGUUUGGUAAAUUAUCUUUGUUUGAAGUUGCUUCUCCUGUUAUAAAGUGAUUUUGGAAA